AAGAUAACUCAGAAAUAGAAUUGUUUCAGAUAAUUAAAAAAUGUCUCCAGCAUUGGAUUUUCCUAUCAAGGUUGGCCACAUUGAUGAUGUCCAAGAACUGAGGAUGACUAAUCCAAGUUAUGUUCCUGAAAGAUUUAUUAGGGACGCCACAGAAAGGCCUGAGUUGCCCAUAACCGAUAAUCAUUCAUCUUCUUCAUGUGACCUUAAAAUCCCAGUCAUCGAUCUAUCAAAACUGAUCAACGAAGAAAAGAGUUCUCCAGAGUUCCAAUCUGAAAUGGUGAAGCUCACUGUUGCUUGUCAAGAAUGGGGAUUUUUCCAGGUGAUACAUCAUGGGAUUGAAUUGAGUGUACUUGAGAGCCUGGAGAAGGUGGCUAUGGAGUUUUUCAUGUUACCUUUGGAGGAAAAACAGAAAUAUCCAAUGGCACCUGGAACAGUGCAGGGAUAUGGCCAGGCAUUUGUGUUCUCAGAAGACCAAAAACUUGAUUGGUGUAACAUGUUUGCACUUGGAAUUAUGCCUCAUUCCAUCAGAAACCCUAACCUCUGGCCCACAAAUCCAGUUGCUUUCAGUGAGACAUUGGAGGCAUAUUCAAGAGAAGUUAGAAAGCUAUGCAAAGAAUUGUUGAAAUGCAUAGCCAUAAGUUUGGGGCUGAGUGAGAGUGUGUUUGAAGAGAUGUUUGGGGUGGCUGUACAGGCAGUGAGGAUGAAUUACUACUCAGCAUGUCCAAGGCCAGACCUUGUUAUGGGACUUAGCCCCCACUCUGAUGGAAGUGCCCUAACAGUGUUGCAACAGGGACAAUGCAACAACUCAAUUGGACUUCAAAUUCUUAAAGACAAUGCUUGGGUCCCUGUUCAACCUCUUCCAAAUGCUCUUGUUAUUAACAUUGGUGACACUUUAGAGGUACUAACGAAUGGAAGAUACAAAAGUGUGGAGCAUAGAGCAGUGACACAGCAAGAAAAAGACAGGCUCUCAAUAGUGACAUUUUAUGCUCCAAGCUACGAUAUAGAAUUGGGACCAUUGCCAGAGCUUGUGGAUGAAAGCAGCAACCCCUCCAGAUACAGAACAUACAACCACGGAGACUACAGCAAACACUAUGUCACCAACAAGCUUCAAGGCAAGAAAACAUUAGAAUUUGCCAAGAUCACUUAAUUAAUUACGUACUUAAUGAAAUUAAUUAAUUAUAUAUUGAUCCAUCCAUCGAUCUUAUAAUAAUUAAUUAAUUAAGCUCCAUCACAAUUAUAUUCACGAAUUAACUACGUUGCAAUUAAGUUGUUGGUUGUAACAUAUAUAUAAGGAGUAUAUACUGUCGCACGCACGUUAGUAUAUCAAGACUCGAAUAAACUUGUUUUUCAUAUUUUAACUUAAAUAAAUUAAUCUUCUGCUAGCAACUAAAAUUUAUAUAUCAAUAAAAAU